GGCGGCGCGACGCCCCGUUCCCAGGAGGCCGUGCGCGCGCGGCCCCGGCUUCCUGCGGCGUCUCGGCGAGCGAGCGCGUGAGCGGCUGCCUGUGCGUUAGCCAUGGCGCUCCACGUCCCCAAGGCCCCGGGCUUUGCCCAGAUGCUCAAGGAGGGCGCGAAGCAUUUUUCAGGAUUGGAAGAAGCUGUAUACAGGAACAUUCAGGCAUGCAAAGAGCUUGCCCAGACUACUCGCACAGCAUAUGGACCCAAUGGAAUGAACAAAAUGGUUAUCAACCACCUAGAGAAGUUGUUUGUGACAAAUGAUGCUGCAACCAUUUUAAGAGAGCUAGAAGUACAGCACCCUGCUGCAAAAAUGAUUGUAAUGGCCUCUCAUAUGCAAGAGCAAGAGGUUGGGGAUGGCACAAACUUCGUUUUGGUGUUUGCUGGAGCGCUUCUAGAGUUAGCUGAAGAGCUUCUAAGAAUUGGCCUGUCAGUUUCAGAGGUUAUAGAAGGUUAUGAAAUCGCCUGCAGAAAAGCUCAUGAGAUUCUUCCUAAUUUGGUGUGUUGUAAUGCAAAAAAUCUUCGAGAUGUUGACGAAGUGUCUUCUCUACUUCGUACCUCCAUAAUGAGCAAGCAGUAUGGCAAUGAUGUGUUUCUGUCGAAGCUUAUUGCUCAGGCAUGCGUAUCUAUUUUUCCUGAUUCCGGCCAUUUCAAUGUUGAUAACAUCAGAGUCUGUAAAAUCCUGGGCUCAGGUGUCUAUUCCUCUUCAGUAUUGCAUGGGAUGGUUUUUAAGAAGGAAACUGAAGGCGACGUAACAUCUGUCAAAGAUGCAAAAAUAGCAGUGUACUCUUGUCCUUUUGAUGGCAUGAUCACAGAAACAAAGGGAACGGUAUUGAUAAAGACUGCUGAGGAAUUAAUGAAUUUUAGUAAGGGAGAAGAGAAUCUCAUGGAUGCACAAGUCAAAGCUAUUGCUGAUACCGGCGCUAAUGUUAUAGUAACGGGUGGCAAAGUAGCAGACAUGGCUCUUCAUUAUGCCAACAAAUACAAGAUCAUGUUGGUGAGAUUGAACUCAAAAUGGGAUCUCAGAAGGCUUUGUAAAACAGUUGGUGCUACAGCUCUUCCUAGAUUGACGCCUCCUGUCCUUGAAGAAAUGGGUCAUUGUGACAAUGUUUACCUCUCAGAAGUUGGAGACACACAGGUGGUGGUUUUCAAGCAUGAAAAAGAAGAUGGUGCCAUUUCUACCAUAGUGCUUCGAGGCUCGACAGACAAUCUAAUGGAUGAUAUAGAAAGAGCAGUAGAUGAUGGUGUGAAUACUUUCAAAAUUCUCACAAGGGAUAAACGUCUUGUACCUGGAGGUGGAGCAACAGAAAUUGAAUUAGCCAAACAGAUUACAUCCUACGGAGAGACGUGCCCUGGACUAGAACAGUAUGCCAUUAAGAAGUUUGCUGAGGCAUUUGAAGCUCUUCCCCGAGCACUGGCGGAAAAUUCUGGAGUUAAAGCCAAUGAAAUAAUCUCUAAGCUUUAUGCAGUGCAUCAAGAAGGAAAUAAAAAUGUUGGAUUAGACAUUGAGGCAGAAGCUCCUGCAGUAAAGGAUAUGUUGGAAGCUGGUGUCCUAGAUACCUACCUGGGAAAAUAUUGGGCUAUCAAACUGGCUACUAACGCGGCAGUUACUGUGCUUAGAGUGGAUCAGAUCAUCAUGGCAAAACCAGCUGGUGGGCCCAAGCCUCCAAGUGGAAAGAAAGACUGGGAUGAUGACCAAAAUGACUGAAAGGCUUAAUUUUCACUUGUAGGGGAAGGCUUUAAUCAUAGUACUCUAGCAAUUGCCUGAUGUUUUCACAUUUCUUCCUAAAUUAAGAAGUGUUUUGUGUUUGUAUCUUGACUGGUAAUAAACUAAACAUGUUGUCAUUCA